UGUGACACUUUUCUGAUCCUCUUCUCUUACUCAAAAAUUAUGAACUUAAUUUGAAUUAUUGACAAUUAGGAAUGCAUCAUGGGAUGGAAGGGCAGAAACCAACAAAGAUCCUUUCCUGUGUAAAAUAUAAAUUCUAACAGGGACAGAUAAUCUUUAAUGUAUAAAUCCAUUAUCUAUAUGUUAGAAGUGUUAAAUAUUAUGGGAUGUUCACCUUCACGGGAAGUACUUAGAGUCAGGAAAAGGAAAGUUGCAGUAUUUAAUAGGGUAAUAGUAUAGCCAGAUAUUUAUUUACCCUCAAAUUCACUUUCUGGCUUAAGCUAAAAAGUGGAUCUUUUAUAAAUUAAAAAUCCUAUUUCCAGAGAAUGACUCAGAUCAUUACCCCACUAAAUAAGUAAAUUUUUUUUUUUUUUAGAGAUGGAACAUCUAAGAAACCAUGAAAAAUCUUAGCAUUAUUGAUGAAUUUGUGCUGUUGGGGUUGUCAACUGACUCAGACAUCCAGAUCAUGCUCUUUGUUUUCUUCUUGGGGAUUUACCUCCUGACCCUGAUGGGGAACAUGAUGAUGAUCCUGGUGAUCAGGGCUGAUCCUCACCUGCACACGCCCAUGUACUUCUUCCUCAGACAUUUGUCUUUCCUAGACAUAUGCCACUCUUCAAUCACCAUACCCAAGAUGCUGCAGAAUUUCCUGUCUCAGAGGAAAACCAUUUCAGUGUGGGGAUGCAUUACCCAGAGUUUCUUUUUCAUAUUUUCUGGAGGCACUGAGGGCUGCUUGCUCUCUGCUAUGGCCUAUGACCGCUAUGCUGCCGUCUGUCACCCUCUGCUCUACACUGUGAUCAUGAAUGGACCUCUGUGCACCGCAAUGGUCAGUGCAGCAUGGCUGAUGGGGUUUCUGAACUCACUAGUGAAUAAUCUUUGUGCCCAGAGCUUACAGUUCUGUGGUCCCAAUAUCAUCUCCCACUUCAGCUGUGAACUGCCUUCACUGUUCCCUCUCUCCUGCAGUGAUACCACGCCUAACACCAUCCUGCUAGCUGGGUCCACUGCAUUUCUAGGACUCGUGACACUGCUCCUGAUCCUCUUCUCUUACUCAAAAAUCAUUCUUGCUGUUCUGAGUAUCUCCUCCUCUAAAGGCCGAGGCAAAGCCUUCUCCACUUGCUCCUGCCACCUCACCGUGGUGCUCUUGUUCUAUGGGACAGCUCUAUUCAGGUACAUCAGCCCCUCUUCAGGAUCAGUCCUGGAGCGAGUUGUCUCUGUACAGUAUGGUGUGAUCACAUCCUUGGUAAACCCACUCAUUUACAGCUUCAAGAACCAGGAGGUGAAGGCAGCUCUGCAGAGGAUACUGAGGCAGCAAAUAUGUGUCUCAGGGUAAGAGAUGGCAAGGGGACCUUUCUUCUACAAGAGAAGCAAUCUGCAAAGGAAGAGAACUUUGUAAACUUAGAGCUGCUAUGGAACUUGAUUUUUAACUUAGCUAAUUAGGUUUGUUUCUUAUUCAAAGUGAAAAGACUUCCAAAAGCUGAGAGAAAUAUAGUCAGAGAAGUGUUUGACCCAUCCUGCAUCUGAGGGAAAAGGUUCAGAGACAUCAGCUCCUUCCAUAGCCUUUGGAAAUUAAUCCAGAACAGUGACUUCACUACAGUUUAGGAGGCAGGACAAGGACAAAGCUCCCUGAGCCCAGGACUUUAUCUAUGGAGUUACCAAAGGAACCCAUUAG